AUGGCAUUUUUGCUUCAGGAGCCAACAGUGUUUUGGCGCAGUUUAAAAACUGUGGGUAAAGAAAUGAAAAGUGUGAGUGCAAAUGCGAGAUUUCAUCCUUCAGUUCAGAACAUCAUCUCUUCGGAAGGAACUGAAAUUACGAUCAAAAUCUCCAUUCCACCGGAAAAAGCUGGCCUCGUUAUUGGGAAGAAGGGCAGGACAAUUAAGCUGCUCCAGAAACAAAGUGGCUGCUCUAUGUCAAUGAUACAAGAAUCAAAAGAAGCUACAACAGUGCCGAAAAUUCUGAGCAUUACUGGUGCUCUUAAAAAGAUUGAGAUGGCAAGGCAAUUAGUAAGAGAUUUAUUAUCUUGCGAAGAUCAUAGGGUGAUACCUCGUCAAUACUCAAGCGAAUCUGAAACUAAGCAGCUAAUGAUGCAACGUUUGAGUGUUGGCGUGGUAAAAAAAGGUAGCGAACGAACAGAACAGGUGUCCCUGGAAACAGGCAUUAAGGUUCAUCUGAAAGCAGAUGGUGAUCCAGCAUCAUCUACGACAUGUGCAGUCGUUAUAGGAUCUCGUGACCGGAUGUUCACAGUCACUGGAAACAUUCGUGAACUGGUUUUCUAUAUGUAUGUUCCGUCAGACAAGGCGGGUCUCAUAAUAGGUAAAAAAGGAAGGACUAUUAAGCAGAUUAACGAUGAAACUGGCGCAUACUGUGAGGUCUGUCGUGACCCUAAUCCAAAUAAGAAGCAGACGGUGUUCAUCAUCCGCGGCACUGCGUUCCAAAUUCAUCGUGCUCAACACGUUAUGCGCAUCAAGAUCGGUAACCUUCCUCCAAAUACUCCUUUCUCUCCGUUUACUGGCGAGUGUGCACCAAACGCCCCUAAUUUUAAUACACCACAAUACAACGAGCUGUGUGGUGCUAGUCUAUGGAACAACGCAUACGCACAACAAGCCGAUAAUGGUGUCGAGCGGACCAACCAUACAGGACAAUUUUAUGCUGGCCCUACAUCUAAUACUCAAACUACCUACUGUGUUGUGCACCCCACAGCUAAUGCUCAGAAUACCUACGGUGCUGUACACCCCACAGCUAAUGCCCAAGAUACCUACGGUGCUGUACACCCCACAGCUAAUGCCCAAGAUACCUACGGUGCUGUACACCCCACAGCUAAUGCCCAAGAUACCUACGGUGCUGUGCACCCCGCGGCCGAUGCUCAAAAUAUCUACGGUGCUGUACACCCUACAGCUAAUGCUCAAGAUACCUACGGUGCUGUGCACUCCGCAGCUGGUGCUCAAAACAUCUACGGUGCUGUACACCCCACAGCUAAUCCUCAAGAUACCUACGGUGCUGUGCACCCCGCAGCCGAUGCUCAAAAUGUCUACGGUGCUGUACACCCUACAGCUAAUGCUCAAGAUGCCUACGGUGCUGUGCACUCCGCAGCUGGUGCUCAAAACAUCUACGGUGCUGUACACCCCACAGCUAAUCCUCAAGAUACCUACGGUGCUGUGCACCCCGCAGCCGAUGCUCAAAAUGUCUACGGUGCUCUGCACCCUACAGCUAAUACCCAAGAUACUUACGGUGCUGUGCACUCCGCAGCUGAUGCUCAAAACAGCAACGGUGCUGUACACCCCACAGCUAAUCCUCAAGAUACCUACGGUGCUGUGCACCCCGCAGCCGAUGCUCAAAAUGUCUACGGUGCUCUGCACCCUACAGCUAAUACCCAAGAUACUUACGGUGCUGUGCACUCCGCAGCUGAUGCUCAAAACAGCAACGGUGCUGUACAUCCCACAGCUAAUGCUCAAGAUACCUACGGUGCUGUGCACUCCACAGCCGGUGCUCAAAACAUCUACGGUGCUGUGCACCCCGCAGCCGAUGCUCAAAAUGUCUACGGUGCUGUACACCCUGCAGCUAAUGCUCAAGAUACCUACGGUGCUGUGCACUCCGCAACUGAUGCUCAGAAUAUCUAUGGUGCUGUGCACCCCACAGCUAAUCCUCAAAAUACCUACGCUGCUGUGCACCCCACAGUUGAUGCUCAAAAUAUCUACGGUACUGCACACCCCACAGCUAAUGCUCUGAAUACGUACUGUGCUGUGCACCUAACAGCUGAUGCUCAAAAUACACAUGAUGCUGUGCAAAGUUUCUCAAACCCGCAGACGGACUCAGCAGCUUCUUCCGUUCAAUGGGUGGACUAUUACAAGUCUAUGGGACUUUAUGACCACGCGACGUUUGUCGAAGCUCAGAUGAAACAGGAUGCUGCAUUUGGUGCUGCAGCAGCUGGAUUCGAGAAUCCGCUGUCUUCAGGUGCUGCAUUAGCGUCGACGCUGUCGAAUGCAAACAACCUAACGUCUGUUGGAAGUGUGGGACAGUAUCGUUCCUAUUUUAGUCCACAAGCACAAGUUGUUAAUGUUGCAAGACAACUUCAUUCACGGCAACAGCAGCAGUUUUGA